UAUAAAACACGAUUCAUUCUCAGUAUGUAUUCACUUCUUCUCAGUCAGAACAGCGUGCUGUGCUUGUUUCACUUCAAGUCCCCCCGCCUUUUUUUUUAUUGACUAGAAAAUCAGCUGAAGAGAAGGCACCACACCUGAGGGGACAGUGUUUUCCGCAUUAGCAAAACCUGCCUUAAGCUCCGUGGAGAGAAGCUCGCUCUCUCGCUUUGCCCGCGCGCCUCAGCUUACUCGCGUGAGCGCGCGGACACCCUCUAGUGCCAGCGCGUUUUCGGGGGGUGUUUUUUUUUUUUAAUCCGCGGUGAGAGGAGAAAAGAAGAAGAAGACGUAAAAAAAAAAAAGAGCUGAAAAUAGUGUGUUUUUCCUUCAUCUUCUUCUUUCCUCCAAACUGAAGACUCAACGAGUAUCACAGGUCAGUCAGUCGACGUCUCGCUCCGAGCUCGUGCGGGUCCGCCGUGCAGAGAGUUUGGCGCCAAAGAGAAAGAGUACAAGCCUCGCGCCUCUCGCCUCGCGCACCCUCGCGCCUCUCGCCUCGCGCACACUCAAGACGAGCGAAAGACGUGCGCGUGAGGCUAAAACAACAAAACACAACAAACUGACAGGAACACACAGAGAACGAGGCUGUGGUGAUCUCCUGAGGACCGUCGUUUUAAUAUACACACAUUUAUCCGAAGAGCAAGGAGGAAGAGAGAAGAAAGAAGACUCUCUUUCAUGGGAUAAAAUACCUACAGGACAAGUUUUUUUUUUCUUCUCCUUCUUCUUCCCUUUUUAUCUUCCAUUUACCGAGAUAUAAUGGAUUGGUCGUUGAGCCGUGGUUCCAACGGCGAUUUCAAACGAUUUAAAGUAGUUUAAGGAAUUUAUAAACACGAUUUGGUAAUCUGUUUCUUUUCACAGAGGACCCUGGCUGUCGUGGAUACUUAAAAAAAUGACUUUUCAACUAAGAAUUUGCCUCAGUUUCGCGUUAAUGGGAGUAACGUUAACGGACCCCGAGCUUCCCAAUCAAGUGGUUCUCCUGGACACCACAGCCGUAUUGGGCGAACUCGGUUGGAUGACCUACCCAGUAAAUGGGUGGGAUGCCAUCACAGAGAUGGAUGAGCAGAACCGGCCCAUCCACACCUUCCAGGUGUGCCACGUAAUGGAGCCAAACCAAAACAACUGGCUGCGCUCGAGCUGGAUCGCGCGGCAGGAGGCACAGAGGAUCUACGUCGAGCUGCGCUUCACGCUGCGCGACUGCAACAGCAUCCCGUGGGUAUCGGGUACAUGCAAAGAGACCUUCAACCUGCACUACCUGGAGACGGACGAGCCUCACAGCCACUUCCGUCCCUCCGACUACGCCAAGAUAGACACGAUUGCGGCCGAUGAAAGCUUCACGCAGACCGACGUAGGCGAACGAGUUCUCCGGUUGAACACGGAGGUGCGUGAGCUAGGGCCCGUGCGCACCAAAGGCUUCUACCUCGCCUUCCAGGACGUGGGCGCGUGCAUCGCCCUGCUCUCGGUGCGCGUCUACUACAAGAAGUGUCCGUCCACGCUGAGGAACCUGGCCGCCUUCCCCGACACGGUGCCACGUGUCCACUCGUCAGCUCUGGUGGAGGUGAGGGGAGCCUGUGUGUUGAACGCUGAAGAGCGAGACACCCCACGACUAUACUGCAGCGCCGACGGGGACUGGCUCGUCCCACUGGGCAGGUGUGUGUGCAGCGUUGGCUAUGAAGAGAGUGACGGCCUCUGUCUGGCCUGUAAACCUGGUUUCUACAAGGCCUUCGCAGGGAACAUCAAGUGCUCUAAGUGCCCUCCACACAGUUUCAGCCACCCCGAGGCGUCUGCGCUGUGCCACUGCGAGAAAGGCUACUACAGAGCGGGCAAAGACCCACCGAGCACCGCCUGCACACGACCGCCCUCACCUCCACGUAACGUGGUGUACAUCAUGAACGAGACCGCGCUGUUUCUGCAGUGGGCUCCACCCAGCGACACGGGCGGCCGGAAGGACGUUACCUACAACGUCCUCUGCCAGCGCUGUAGUGUCGAGGGCCAGGCCUGCCAAGCGUGCGACAGUGACGUGCGCUUCGUACCGCCGCCCGUGGGCCUGACGCGCACUUCUGUGGCCGUGCAGGACUUUGUGGCCAACGCUAACUACACGUUCCAGAUCGAAGCUGUUAACGGCGUGUCGGGAAUGGGACAAGCGACAAGGCAGAUGGCCAACAUCACUAUCAGCACCGCGCAGGCUGGUCCAUCUUUGGUGGCAGCGGUGAAGAAGGACUGGGCCACUCAGAGCACCAUCGCCCUCUCCUGGCAGGAGGCUGAACAGCCCCACGCAGCCAUCCUCGACUACGAGAUCAAAUACUACGAGAAGGAGCAGGAGCAGUUGAGCUACUCGUCCACUCGCACUAAAGUUCCCAGCGCGAUCGUAACGGGCCUCAAGCCGUCCACGGUCUACGUGUUCCACAUCCGAGCUCGCACGGCGACCGGCUACAGCAGCUACAGCUCCAAGCUGGAGUUCACCACGGGGGACGACGAUUCGGAGGAAGCGUCUGAUCAGGGCCAGGUGUUGGUGAUCGUUACCGCGGCAGUCGGGGGGUUCUCUCUGCUCAUCAUCCUCACGCUUUUCCUGCUCAUCACGGGCAGGUGCCAGUGGUACAUCAAAUCCAAGAUGAAACCACAGGACAAGAGAAGGACACAGUAUCAGAAUGGACACGUGCCGUUCCCGGGAAUAAAGACCUACGUCGAUCCGGACACGUACGAGGAUCCGACUCAGGCUGUUCACGACUUUGCUAAGGAGAUCGACCCGUCUCGUAUCCGUAUAGAGAGGGUCAUCGGAGCUGGAGAGUUCGGGGAAGUGUGUAGUGGUCGUCUCCGCACUCCAGGGAAAAAGGAGAACCCUGUGGCCAUAAAGACCCUAAAAGGCGGCUACACAGAGCGUCAGAGGCGGGACUUCCUGCGAGAGGCCAGCAUCAUGGGACAGUUCGACAACCCCAACAUCAUCAGACUGGAGGGCGUGGUCACGAAGAGUCGUCCUGUGAUGAUCGUGGUGGAGUACAUGGAGAACGGCUCAUUGGACUCUUUCCUGAGGAAGCACGAUGGACAUUUCACCGUCAUCCAGCUGGUCGGUAUGCUGCGUGGCAUAGCCUCCGGUAUGAUGUACCUGUCCGACAUCGGCUACGUCCACCGGGACCUGGCAGCCCGGAACAUUCUGGUGGAUGACAACCUGGUGUGUAAGGUGUCGGACUUCGGCCUGUCCAGGGUCCUGGAGGACGACCCAGAGGCUUCCUACACCACUACAGGAGGGAAGAUUCCCAUCCGUUGGACGGCUCCGGAGGCCAUCCAGUACAGGAAGUUCUCCUCAGCCAGCGACGUCUGGAGCUACGGCAUCGUCAUGUGGGAAGUGAUGUCUUACGGAGAACGGCCGUACUGGGAGAUGUCCAAUCAGGAUGUGAUCCUGUCCAUAGAGGAGGGUUACAGGCUGCCGGCGCCCAUGGGCUGCCCCGUGGCUCUGCACCAGCUGAUGGUUCACUGCUGGCAGAAGGAGCGCAGCAGGCGGCCUCGCUUCCACGACAUCCUCAGCUUCCUGGACAAGCUCAUCCGCAACCCCAGCAGCCUCCUCACGCUGGUGGAGGAUGUACACAGUUUACCCGAAUCCCCAGACGACCUGCCUGACUAUCCUCUCUUCAUUUCCAUCGGCGACUGGCUGGACUCCAUCAAAAUGAGUCAGUACAAGAGCAACUUCAUAGCGGCAGGGUACACGACCCUGGACUCCAUCUCCAGCAUGAGCAUCGACGAUGUCCGGAGGAUCGGCGUGUCUCUGAUCGGCCACCAGAGGAGGAUAGUGAGCAGCAUACAGACACUGCGACUGCAGUUCCUGCACAUUCAACAGAGCGGCUUCCACGUAUGAGACGGACCAGCCAGUACCAACACACACACGCACGCACACACACACACAAACACACACUUACCCUAACACACACCCACGCACACACACAUGCACACAUAUACCUAAACAGUCAGGCCUUGUCUGUUUUACAAACCGCGAUGAGAGAACUUCAGGCUUUCUCAAAACUUUUCAACCGGCCAUCGAAGGCUUCCAAAUGAAAAAGCAAUCAAAGGGGAAAAGGGACCAGUGCGAAACAAAGCGUCUCUGGGAGAUGGACAACCAAUCAGGGUUGGAAACAUGGCACUGUCGCUAUGGUGAUGUCAUCUGUCCAUCAUCCACAAGUUCCGUGACUGGCUGGAUUCACAGUCGGAGAACUUUUAAUAGUAUAUUUGCUAUUUUAAUGUAACAAAGUACGUGUCUUAAUAGAUAUUUAUCAUUUAUUUAUCAUGCUACUUCCAGGAAUUCGAGAGACCUUGAAUGUCGAGUGGAUUGGUACGGCUUUUACCCAUCGUUUAUCAUCUGAUAUUUAUGCUGGUAUUUAUAUGUACAUGUGUAUGUCUGGGGUUUUGUUUUGUUUGUUUGUUUGUUUGUUUGUUUGUUUUCUGGGUUUGUUUUUUUUUCCUGCAGCAAUAUGUGCAGUCUUUUCAGACCAAGAAAAGACGCUAAGUUAGGGCGUAGGAGUAGAGAAUUGUGUUUUGAAAAGGGAAAAGAAAAAAAAACGCAGCACAAAACCAUUGACCUCCUCAGGCAGUCAGCUACGCCGUGCGAGAUCGCUUCGGACCUUUUGGAAGAUUGAAAGCCAUGGUCUCGUGCUUCUGCAUCAGACCUCACACUCUCAAAUGUACAUGCCAGUCUUCACCUUACAGACCUACAUACUCUGCUGUGAUGCACAAGAUUUAUAAAGCUCUUUUAUUUAUUUAUUUAUUUAUUUAUUUAUUUAUUUAUUUAUUUAUUAAGACGGGCGAGAUUGUCAUGGUGAGUUAGAUAGGCGCGGUUUUAGUAUAAAUAGAAUAUACGCAUUGAAUGUACAGUAGGAUGGUGUGUAGCAGAGAAAGUACGUGCUCUCUCUCUCUCUCUCUCUCUCUCUCUCACACACACACACACACACACACACACACACGUACACCUUACAGGUUAUCAUGCUUACAUAACAAUAAUUCAGUCAUACCCUCUAUUGCUAACUUUACACACAUAUACCUUGCAGAUUAGUGUAUUUUCCUAUUAAUGCACUGUAUUGCUUACUUUAAACACACACACACACGCACACACACACACACACACUCUAAAACGCCACAUGCAGAGGCUGUCCUUGUACUAGAGCACAUGUCCAGGACAUUGAGGACUCGUCAAGGGAGAACCGGUGAAUGAAUAGGGACUAGUAAUACAAUAGUAUAUUAUUUUUUAUAAUUUAUUCUGGAUUAAUACAGAGGUUUAAGUGGAUCGAUUAGGUUGAAUGUUUGUAAGAAAUAAACGA